GUGCGCUUUAUUCCUUAGUGAUGUGAGGUAGCAACCGAGACACCAGCGCAUUCGCUUCAGCGGGCAAGUGGAGGGAGGGUGUGUGUGGGGAAUACAAAAUAAAAAAUAGCACAGUGAAUUGCUUUUGAAGUUGGACACGAGUCGAGAGGGAUACUUUUUUUGGAGAUUUUAAAAAGGGAGGGGGGGUGAAAUGUUUUAGGAGUGACGUCAGAGAAGAAAGUAUGCACCCCUGGAGAAGGCUGUGUUCCUCACUGCUGCUCGAGCCCCAUUCAUGGCAGCAGCGGGGGGGCCACUAGUUGCAGUAAAGUCUGUCCCGGUGGCUUUCCGGGGCAAGACCCGGAAAAGCGCCAAUCUCAAGUGCACGGAGAAUGCUGAAAAGCAGCGGGGCAGCCCAAGAAAAAGGGACUGCGGCUGCGAUAUCUUGUUGGGAGCGUGCAGGGCAAGGAGCGUAAGCCCAGCUGCAGUACCACCAACUCCGCCCGCGCCUGCCAGCUUGCCCCCGUCUUCUCCGCAAGAGCGACACGGGCUCCACAGCAACCGCCCCCCCAGGCUAACUAGCAUGGAAGAGGAUGUGAUACUUCAGCAACUUUCUUCAGGAGAGCAGACUGCGGGCAGACGGGUAGAAGCCAUCAAGGCAACCCGUGGUCACAUCCACUCUAACCCCGGGAAGCUUCUGUUUAAAAAGAGAAAUGAAUUGCUGACUGCGGUGGUAGAGGUGCUGGAAAAAGAUGCCAGACGAGACGUCAAAGUCCAAUGCGUGCAGCUGGUCUGUGACAUAGUCCAGAUACCGGACCCGGAGCUGGACCGCUUCAGGCAGGCAGUGCUGCCUGGGCUGCUGAGCGAUCUGAAAGACGAGAGCCCGGCAGUGCGCAAGGAGCUGGUUCAAACUUUGCACAAGUGUCUGAAGUACAGCCACAGCCCGGAAAAGAUGUUAUCAACGCUGGUCGAGCACGGCUUGGAAAGCCCAGAGGCCAGUGUCAGGACCGCCACAACCGUGAUUUUACCAAUUCUGCUUAACAAAGACUUUAACCGUGUCGACUUGUACGACAUAAUCGAGGCUUUAACCAAGAAAUUUACCAACGUUAGUGGCAGCAGCGGCCCUAACGACCCUGUAGUGGCAUUCUCCACUUUGGAUUACAUACGGCAACACGUUGUUGUCGGGCAAGAGGAAUUUAAUGCUUACCUGAAACGCCUGCCCCCGGGCAUGAGGCGAGGUUAUAACCGUUUUAUAGAUGAUAACUUCGAGCAGUUCUCCCUUGACCCAGAGUCUAAUAAUAAUAAUAGCCCCAGAUCGGCAAAAGAAAGAGGUAGGUAUCCCAGCCCAAGACCCACAGUGACAGGCUCCAGAGGCAGCCCCUCUCUAAAUGAUGCCCCUUUGAUUUUGUCACCUUUGAAGGAGCACAGUGGCAUGAAGUAUGGCAUUGUACCCCUGGACCUGCACAGCCGGCUGCUGGACCUCAAGGACUACAAGGCCAGGACCCACGCCGUGGAAGAGCUGAAGAGCGUCGUCUCCCACACCGAUUUGUCUUCUGUGCCUUCUGCCAAUGUGCUCGGGCUGAUCGGGUUCCUGUGCAGCCUGCUCGAUGACAGCAACUUCAAAGUCACGCACAGCACUUUGGAGAUCCUCAACUUGCUGGUGGUCAAGCUGGGGCGCCACGUGGAGCGCUUCCUCCGGGCGAUGGUGACCACCGCGGUCAAGGUCCUGGGAGACAACAAGGCAGUCACCAAGCAGGAGUACAUGAAGGUCUACAUGGGGCUGAUGAAGAACGCCGGCCCCCAAAAGCUGCUGGACCUGCUGCUGGAGAACGUCAAGCACAGGAACUCCAAAGUCCGAGAGGAGGUCAUCAAUAUCAUCAUCGCCUCCCUCCUGACCCACCCUAGCGAGGACUUUGACCUGCCGAAACUCUGCUUCGCCGUGGCUCCAGCCCUGGCUGACGGCAAGAGGAAGGUCCGGCACGCCGCUCUGGAAGUCUUCGCAGUUUUGGCUUCUUCCAUGGGAUCCGGCAAAAUGCAACCCCUGGUCAAGGCCGUUGACCAGGUCGAGCUGCAUGAAGACGUGGAUGGCCUGAUGGCUGCAGUUCAAGCCCGCCUGGCUAGACGGACUCUCCCGAAGCUGACCGCGCACGGCUUGGUGGAGUAUGCUGUCCCCAUUGCAUCCUCCGCUCAUGGCAGAGCAUCUCAGCAGGUGCCUCAGGGAGCCGAUACGGAGUGGCUGCUCGGGGGCGGAAGGACCUCCAGCGCGACCAGCAACCGGGUGGAUACCGAGAGGGAGCCCCACCAGAGCCACAGGUCUACCAGCCCACAGGGCGAGGAGACCACGACGCACAGAAGGGUGCUGAGCGCCAGCAAAGGGAAGAAUAAACUGCCUUGGGAAAACACCAACACCCCAACCAAGACACCCUUCCAACCAGCCAAAGCACCCAAUGAUACUGAUGCUAUUACUAAGGAACAGGUUUCACAAGUUCCACAAUCUCCUAAGCUGAGGCGUUCAGCAACACCACCAGCAAACGAUGAGCUGUUCAUCACCAGAAAGUCAGCCGUGAAACCUGCCAAGCAGGGCAACGUGCAGGCCAUGAAUCUGGAGAAUUCAAGCUCUUUGACAGGCACUGGUGCAGCAGAGUGGCACCAGCCCCGCAUCUCAAGAAAGCAGGGGCUCCUCGGGUAUUCCAGGAGCAGCGGCAGUGUGGAUUCAGAUCUGCAGUUUUUGGGGACCAGCAGCCAGUUGGAGAAAGCACCCCUCCACGCCAGUCUGAACCUCUCCGCCAAGCCCCAGAGGGGCCUCUACAGCCACCCCAGCACUGAGCACACCCUGUCCGGCCCCAACAGUGCUGGCGGUGGCAGCAGCAGCAGCAUCGCCUCACAGGGUGUCUUUAUCCUGCCAUCGUACCCACUGUCCUCCCUCGGGAGCGGGCAGCUCCACACCACCCCUCCCAGGAAGGGCACGGAGGACGGCGUAGGAUUCUCCAACACCUGGCCCAGCAAGCCGCUUGAUGGCACCUCCAACUCCAGCCCUCGCAAGAGGCUGCCCAGCUCCAGGACUGACAACACUCAAGUAGACCUGACCCAGGAGAAGCACUCUCCAGUCCCCCUGAAACCUGCUCUGGUUCGAACACCUUCCUCCCGUCGCGGCAUUAAUGGGACCAAGCCGGUGCCCCCCAUCCCAAGGGGGCCCUGCUUACCCAGCCUCGCUGACGGAGGAGGGAGGGAUCCCAAGAAGGCGGGGGGGACCCAGGAGUCUGGAGGAGAGAUGAGCCUCGCGCUGGACCUGUCUGAGCUGGACGUGAAGGAUGAUGAACCUGACCACGAAGAGGUCAGUAUGAUGAGCUCCCUCCGCUCAUUGCGGUACAGCGCAGCGAAGAAACGAGCGAAGCUGAGCGGCAGCCCCCCGGUGGCCAAGAGCCCGGACUCUGCGCUGAAGCUGGAGCUGACCCUGGACUUCUCCUCCCUCGCCUCGUCGACUUUCACCAGCCCCAUCAGUGAGAGUGGCAUCUACAGCCCUCCGGAGCCCCUGAGCUCCCCGCUCGCCCCCACACCCCCCACCAACACCAACACACUGCGGAACCACAGGACCAUGUCUGAGAGCUUCAAUCCGUUUGCCGCAAGACCACGCCUGGCAGCCACACCAGACAUCAUGAAGAGCACUCGCCCUGUGGAGUACAGCCCUAACCAAGGAGUGUCCUUCCGCGACAGAGCAACAUCGGAUGUGAGUGUCGUCGGGAAGAGAAUGGGAUACGCGAAUGGAGCCAUGGAGCUUGAGGAGGGGAGGCUGGGAGAACCGUCUCUGACCACUGCUAAAAUACACAGAGGCGCAAAGCCCACUAAAGGUUCCCCAGCAUCCUUGGGGAACACGCAGCAACAGAAUAACCAUGAAGUGACCUCUGCCAGCGGAAUGCAUGAAGAUUCUGUUGUCAUAGUUGGCAAAGGUGUGUUUGGAAGCCCGACGGCUUCUUUGACCUACAGCCAGGCCAUGCUGUGCUCUGCAGAGAACGGGGACAGUGCUGGGAAGCACGGCACGGAGACCCCCCCUGCCAUCUAUGGGAAAUCUGUCCAUCAGAAUAGCCACGGCACCUUUGAGAGCAGCGACCAGGCUGAGAGAGAAGUGACAGUGGCCAUCUCCAAGUCAGCCCGUGAUAAGAUGAGACGGAGGAAGAACAGGGCAGAGAGGGAGCAGCUCCUGAGGGAACAGGAGAGGAAGGAGAGACUCGAGGAGAGCCUGAGGGAGCGCCUGAGAGCAAUCGAAAUCGACAGCAGCCCGGACGAUCUGAGUGUGAACGGAGGUGUGCUUCUGAAAUCCAAGGCUGAGUCUGUGUCAGCAGAAAUCACCCCCCUCAGCCCCCCUCCCUUGAAAUUGACUCCUAGCUUGAGGAAGGCGCGCUCCCCCAGCUCAGACGAGGUGUCUGCUGGCCCCCAGCCCCAGCGCAAGCAGGGGGCCAGCUCCGUCCCCCGCACCAGUGAGACCGUGGAGCCCUCAGACGUGCGGCCCUUCUCCAAACCCGAGCAAGCGCUCCCUGAGGCCCUCCGGCUCAUGGCUGACGACGACUGGGAAAAGAAGAUAGAAGGCAUUGGCUUUGUAAGAAGUUUAUCCAUCUACCAUCCGGAUGUGCUGGCAACGAGGCUUCACGACAUAGCGCUCGCUAUGAUUCGUGAGGUGAAGAACCUGCGUUCGGGCGUGUCCCGUGUGGCGGUGUUGUGUCUGGGGGACAUGUUCACCCACCUGAAGACCAUGGAGCAAGAGCUGGACGGCACCGUCAGAGUGCUGCUGCACAAAGCAGGAGAAUCCAACACCUUCAUCAGGGAGGACGUGGACAAAGCCCUGGGCGCCAUGGUCAGCAAUGUGACUCCGGCCAGAGCGCUGUGCGCACUCAUCGCUGGGGGCUCCAGUCACCUGAACUCCGUGGUGAGGAAAUGCACCGCGCUGCAUCUCUCUGGGCUGGUGGAGAGGAUGGGGCCAGGCCGUCUGCUCUCCGGAAUCAGAGACGUUACUGAUCGACUCUUACCAGCCGUGGCAAAGUUCACCCAGGAUAGCUCUCCGGAAACCAGAUACUACGGCCGUCAGAUGAUUUACCUCAUGAUGUCACAUCAAGACUUCGACAAAGUGCUUGAAAAAUAUUUAUUGCCAAAAGACCUACCGUACAUCAAGGAUACUGUGCAUACUCUACGGCUGAAGGGCCUGGGAGAAAUCCCCCAGGACGCCCCAUCGGCAAGGGGGAGACGAUCACUCCCUGGCAGCGGCACGAUCCGGGCGUCUUCCAACACCCGGGAGCCCCACAGCUCCAUCGCCAGAGAGCCCGGCGAGUCGACCUGGAAGCCAGCUGUGCGGAACCUUGUGGAUAACCACGAGUUCAUCAAGCAGCUCACCGGCACGCUCAACUCCAAGGACUUCAGGGAGCGUGUCAAAGGGAUCCACCAGCUGGUGUCGGAAUGUGAAACAAACCAGGACCUUGUUGUUUCUAACAUGUUUCCGAUUUUCGAUGCCUUUAAGACCCGCCUGCACGACUCCAACAGCAAAGUGAGCCUGAUGGCCCUGGAGUCCCUGCAGAAGAUCAUCCUCUUGCUGGGGAACCACCUGUCCCAGGUAGUCUACAUCCUGGUCCCUGCCAUUGUGGACACCAACCUAAACUCCAAGAACAGCGCGAUCUACACUGCGGCCAUCAACGCCCUGCACUGUCUGUCUGAGCAGCUAGAUAACAGCAUGCUGCUCCAGCCUUUCUGCACCAAGGCUCAGUACCUGACUGGGAGGGCCAAACAGGACAUGACUGAAAAGGUGGCAGAUCUCGUGACGGAGCUGUAUCCACGAAAGCCUCAGCUGGUGGAACAGCGGGUGCUGCCCCUCCUGUGGCACCUCGUGAGCAAUGUGAGCAGCGGCAGCACUCUGCCAGGGAAGGGGAGCAGCAUGCGGGGCUCCACCGCCAAGCUCUGCCAAGCUCUCUCCGCACACAUGGGCGACAGCAACCUGCUGAGCCUCGCCGCCAACAAGUCUCCACAAACCAGCAAGAACGUACUAGAACUGCUGGAGAUUACUACCUGAAUCCACAAUCGAAACACACACUGACACACACACACACACAGACACACACAUGGAUUUAAAAAACUACAAUGAAAAAACUAUUUAAAAAAAAAACACAAAACCUAAAAAAAAUACAAAAACAACAAUCUACAUCAAGAUGUUUGCUUGAGAACAAAUGGCAUUAUUUUACAGUGAUGAUCACAGUGCCUGCACUUUUUUAAUGGGGAGAAUUUCCAAAUAGCACAAGAGGGAAGCAAUCAUCUUGGAAUCAACUCUACAUAAGCGCUAGAUCCGAAUCAAAAGAAGAGAACUAGACUGAGAUUAUUCAAUGAAAGACUUCCUGCGCAGUGUGAAGAACACAAAUAUAUAUUAUGAGCACCAGAUCAGGUUGAAUGCCUUUUUAAAGCAGGUCCCCCCCCCCCCAAAAAAUAAAAAAAAGUUGCUAUUUUUGCACACCACAGAGCCGGCACACAUUGAAGCUGUGUGGAUCAGUUACGAAUAUAAAAUGAACACGAACUUCUGAAAAGUCGCUGCAGAAUGUAUGCUCCUAUAAUGCACAAAAUACAGUUCCUGUUCGAAAUUGAACAUGUAUGUGAGUUUUUCUUUUUGUUAACAUGUUGCCAAGAUCUUUGUGAUUCACUGGGAUGUCUUUAAAAAAAAAAAAAAGUGACUGGGGUUUAGUGUUUUAUAUUAGUCUUGACUGUGACAAAAACUAAAAAAAAAAUCUAUUUCAGUGGUUCUCAAACUUUCUAAAAGUGGGACUCCUCUUAAAUGGAUCCUUUGUGUGUUAUUGACAUGCAUCUCAAUAUAUUAAAGGAAUCCUCUGUGUAUUAUUGACAUGCAUCUCAAUAUAUUAAAGGGAUCCUCUGUGUGUUAUUGACAUGCAUCUCAAUAUAUUAAAGGGAUCCUCUGUGUGUUAUUGACAUGCAUCUCAAUAUAUUAAAGGGAUCCUCUGUGUGUUAUUGACAUGCAUCUCAAUAUAUUAAAGGAAUCCUCUGUGUGUUAUUGACAUGCAUCUCAAUAUAUUAAAGGAAUCCUCUGUGUGUUAUUGACAUGCAUCUCAAUAUUUUAAAGCGAUCCUCUGUGUAUUAUUGACAUGCAUCUCAAUAUAUUAAAGGGAUCCUCUGUGUGUUAUUGACAUGCAUCUCAAUAUUUUAAAGGGAUCCUCUGUGUAUUAUUGACAUGCAUCUCAAUAUAUUAAGUGCUGGGACAUUCCAAUAUUAUUUCAUAAUAUUGACAGAUACAAUUUUUGAAUUUGGUCAAAAAACAGAAGUACCAAAUCACAGUAAAAAAAAAAAAAAAAAAAAAGACCAACAAAAACAAACGGUACCCCAUGAAAUUCUCUAUGAAAGAAAGCAGAGAAGCGCUGUUCUGAACAGCAGAAUGUGUGUUAUUUAUUGCAGAUGUCAUGUAUGCACUGGCUUCCUUUGCAUUCAUUAUAUGGUUGCUACAGCCAUAUUUGAAUUCUGUCUUGUUUAGCAAAUGCAAGCUUGGUGAUUUGUUCCACCGAAUACAUCUCGAGCAGUGUUUGCUCCAAUAUUACUUGUUCCAGCACUGCAAUAUAUUAUGAUACAGUGGACCCUGUUCACAAAGCUUUAGCUCAGGUGUUUCUUAAAGAAUGUUUUUUUUUUUUUUUUUUUUUUUUAGAUCUAACUGCACAGUUGUCUAACAGCUGUAUGUCUUACAUAUCUGUCAGAAUAGGCACUUUUUAAACGAUGUGCUAGAUACUGAUAGCACGAGCACAACUAAACCCAGACCUUUUCUAUCACAGAGCUGAUUCCACUGGGUUCCACACACACAGCCAAACCCAGACCUCUUCUAUCACAGAACUGAUUCCACUGGGCUCCACGCGCACAGCCAAACCCAGACCUCUUCUAUCACAGAACUGAUUCCACUGGGCUCCACACACACAGCCAAACCCAGACCUCUUCUAUCACAGAACUGAUACUACUGGGCUCCACGCGCACAGCCAAACCCAGACCUCUUCUAUCACAGAACUGAUUCCACUGGGCUCCACACACACAGCCAAACCCAGACCUCUUCUAUCACAGAACUCAUUCCACUGGACUCCACGUGCACAGCCAAACCCAGACCUCUUCUAUCACAGAACUCAUUCCACUGAGCUCCACUCGCACAGCCAAACCCAGACCUCUUCUAUCACAGAACUCAUUCCACUGAGCUCCACUCGCACAGCCAAACCCAGACCUCUUCUAUCACAGAACUCAUUCCACUGGACUCCACAUGCACAGCCAAACCCAGACCUCUUCUAUCACAGAACUCAUUCCACUGGGCUCCACUUGCACAGCCAAACCCAGACCUCUUCUAUCACAGAACUCAUUCCACUGGACUCCACAUGCACAGCCAAACCCAGACCUCUUCUAUCACAGAACUCAUUCCACUGGGUUUCUCGUACAGUAUUUAGUGAUUUUUUUUAUUAUAAUUUUUUUUUUAAUAAGAUGAACAAUUAAUCUCCACCUGUUGGGAUUUUUAUAUAGUUAGAGGAUGGCUAGCGGUAUUUUCGAUCAUUGAAGCAGCCCCCCUUGUCUAUUCUAUAGUAGACCUGUUGGAGCUAUAAUGCGUUUGUUCAGCCCCCUCAUCCCCAGCGACCCUCUUCCAGAACCCCUGAUAUAUUUCACAUUUUGUUGUUUUGUGUUUUUGAAUGCUCCAGUUGUGUAUUUGCACAGUAUUAGCUCAAUCGUGCUGCUGUUACAUUGAAUUAUCUAUCUAUCUAUCUAUCUAUAAUCUUGGCUUUAAAAUAUAACAAUCUAGUUUUUUGCGAUGUAUUGAGAGUUGCUGUAAUAACGUGCUUACCUUUUAUUUUUAUUUUCAUUUAAGACAAACGAAUACAGGAAAUAAAAUAUAUAUAUAUAUAUAUAUAUAUAU